AGCUUCGCUUCAGCCGAACCGAACCCGGGCCGCGUUGCACGCGUCACGGACUUGCGGCCAAGCUUGGAGCUUCAUGGGGCAGGACCUUGCGAAGGAGUGUGGAUGCGGUUACGGAGCUGAGGAGGAUGCGGUCGAGCAAAGGGUGGAGAUUGAUCAGUCUGCCCUCCGACCAGGCAAGGCUAAAGCCGCCAAUCGCUUGCCAGAACAUGAGGAGGAGCAAUAUUCUGCACCGCCGCCCCCGCCUGCACCAGCUGCUGGCACGGCAGUGGCCAAGCCUAAGCCCAAGCCUGCCAGGGAUCUUCGGUCGCCCAAGUUGAGCCUGGAGAAAAUUCUGGAGGAUUUGGAGGGCUCUGAAGAAGCCGCCUAUUCAGCCGCUUUCAGCAAAAUGGCUGGAGAUCAGGCCCAGCUGACCCCGGACAACCCACCACUACGUACCUUCCUGGAGCAGUACAGUGGUGUCCAAGAUGUGGACACCGAACUGCUCAAAAUCGCCAGUAGCAACGAGGCCUUUGCCAUCGACUGCAGCAGUUUCGUGAUGCUGUUGCGUUUGAAUCCUUUGAACGAAGCGGAAGCCCUUGAGUCCUUUCUCCAACUCUCCGGUGGUGGAGAUCAAAUCACUGCGGAGGAUUGCCGCACGGGGCUUUUUCAAAUCAUCCAAUCGAUUGGAAGCAGCUUGUCACACAGCUCUUUCAACGCCCACACCAGCGAACGCAUCAUUGACGCUGCUAUGGUGUCGGCUGGUCUUCAAAUCUCCAUGGAGCAGUGGAUCGGAUUGAGCAAAACCGCUGCGAGGAUUUGUCGUUUGGCGUUGCACGCCAAGGCCACCUGAGAGCCGCAUCGGAGCUCCCAAGGUGGAGAUGUCCCGUUUCGCGGUUCGGUGGUUCGGUGUGCAGGCGGAAUCUGAAGACUUUAG